CAGACACAAAAUUUGUGAAUUUCCCCCAAAAAUAAGAAGAAAAAAGGGAAAAAAAUCUCCAUUAAUGGUUUUUUUCUACGGAUGAUUAAUUGAAUUAGUGCAUUUUUUCUGUCAUCAAUGGCGGUUCCCGUCGAAGAAGCUAUUGCUGCUCUCUCCACAUUCUCAUUAGAGGAUGAUCAACCGGAAGUUCAAGGCCCAGGGUUUUGGGUUUCUACUGAAAGAGCUGCAACUACUAGUCCAGUUGAAUAUAGUGAUGUUGCCGCUUAUCGUCUCUCUUUGUCAGAAGACACAAAAGCUAUUAAUCAGCUGAAUGUGUUAAUACAAGAAGGAAAGGAAAUGGGAUCAGUGCUUUAUACUUACCGGAGUUGCGUUAAAGCACUUCCUCAGCUUCCAGAUUCUAUGAAGCAAAGCCAGGCUGAAUUGUAUUUAGAAACUUAUCAAGUUCUUGAUUUGGAAAUGAGCCGUCUACGUGAAAUUCAACGGUGGCAAGCGUCAGCUUCCUCUAAGCUAGCUGCCGAUAUGCAACGAUUUUCUAGGCCUGAGAGGCGUAUCAAUGGCCCUACCAUAACCCAUCUUUGGUCUAUGUUAAAAUUACUUGAUGUUUUGGUCCAAAUCGAUCAUCUUAAAAAUGCAAAGGCAAGCAUUCCCAAUGAUUUUUCUUGGUAUAAGAGGACAUUUACUCAAGUGAGUGUACAGUGGCAAGAAACUGACACUAUGAGGGAAGAAUUAGAUGAUUUACAGAUCUUCUUGAGCACGAGGUGGGCAAUACUGCUCAACUUGCAUGUUGAAAUGUUUCGUGUAAACAAUGUUGAAGACAUUCUGCAGGUUCUCAUAGUUUUUGCUGUUGAGUCACUGGAGUUGGAUUUUGCCCUUCUGUUCCCUGAGCGGCACAUUCUUCUUCGUGUACUUCCUGUUCUUGUUGUCUUAGCUGCAUCAUCAGAGAAAGAUAGUGAGUCACUGUAUAAGAGGGUGAAGAUCAACAGAUUGAUAAGUAUAUUCAAGAAUGAUCCGGUUAUCCCUGCAUUUCCGGACCUUCAUCUUUCUCCGGCAGCAAUUCUAAAAGAGUUGUCAGUGUACUUCCCUAAAUUUUCAUCUCAAACUCGUCUUCUCACUCUUCCAGCAACUCAUGAGCUGCCACCACGCGAGACACAAGAUUAUCAGCGACACUAUCUCAUCGUCAACCACAUUGGGGCCAUACGUGCUGAGCACGAUGACUUCUCUAUACGUUUUGCUUCAUCUAUGAAUCAGCUUGUGUUACUGAGAUCAAUAGAUAGUGCAGAUAUUGAGUGGGUGAAGGAAGUAAAAGGAAAUGUUUAUGAUAUGGUUGUUGAAGGUUUUCAACUCGUUAGUAGAUGGACUUCACGCAUUUGGGAACAAUGUGCAUGGAAAUUUUCUCGUCCAUGCAAGGAUCCAGUUCUGACAGAGUCUAAUGGGACACCAACAUCAUUUUCUGACUAUGAAAAGGUGGUACGAUAUAAUUAUAGUGCUGAGGAAAGGAAAGCUUUAGUUGAACUUGUGAGCUACAUCAAAAGCAUUGGGUCAAUGUUGCAGAAGGUUGAUACAUUGGUGGCUGAUGCAUUAUGGGAGACUAUCCAUGCAGAGGUCCAAGACUUCGUUCAAAACACGCUGGCUACUAUGUUACGCACCACCUUUCGGAAGAAAAAGGAUCUUUCCAGGAUACUCUCUGACAUGCGGACGCUUUCAGCUGACUGGAUGGCAAAUACAAGUAAACCCGAGUCAGAUUUACAAUCAUUUCCCCAUGCAGGUGAAGAAAGCAAAGUGAACUUCUUCUAUCCAAGGCCUGUAGCACCAACAGCUGCACAGGUUCAUUGCUUGCAGUUUCUAAUAUAUGAGGUGGUAUCGGGUGGAAAUAUGAGGAAACCAGGUGGUCUAUUUGGGAAUACUGGUUCUGAAAUUCCUGUUAAUGACUUGAAACAGCUAGAAACGUUCUUCUACAAGCUUGGAUUUUUCCUGCAUGUAAUCGAUUAUACAGCAACAGUUGCCACAAUCACAGAUCUUGGUUUCUUAUGGUUUAGGGAAUUUUAUGUGGAAUCUUCUCGUGUUAUUCAGUUUCCAAUUGAAUGCUCUCUUCCUUGGAUGCUUGUGGAUCAUGUUAUGGAGUCUCAAACCAUGGGUCUUCUUGAGAGUAUCUUAAUGCCAUUUGACAUCUAUAAUGAUGCUGCCCAUCAAGCUUUGGUUGUCCUCAAGCAGCGUUUCCUCUAUGAUGAAGUUGAAGCGGAGGUGGACAAUUGCUUUGAUAUAUUUGUUUCAAAGUUGUGUGACUCUAUUUUUACUUACUAUAAGAGCUGGGCAGCUAGUGAAUUACUUGAUCCUUCUUUCCUCUUUGCACUGGAUAUUGGUGAAAAGUUUUCACUCCAACCAAUGAGAUAUACUGCACUUCUGAAAAUGACUAGAGUGAAGUUGCUUGGACGGACAAUUGACCUGAGAAGCUUGAUUGCUGCAAGAAUGAACAAAGUAUUCAGAGACAACAUUGAAUUUUUAUUUGACCGCUUUGAGUCUCAGGAUUUAUGUGCUAUUGUUGAAUUGGAAAAACUUCUCAGCGUCUUACAACUUGCUCAUGAAUUACUGUCAAAAGAUCUUACAAUAGAUUCAUUUAAUCUUAUGCUCAAUGAAAUGCAAGAGAAUGUGUCCCUCGUUUCCUACUCCAGUCGGCUUGCUUCUCAGAUAUGGACAGAGAUGCAAAAUGACUUCCUGCCAAACUUCAUCCUAUGCAACACAACUCAGCGUUUUGUUCGAUCAUCAAGAGUUCCUAUUGUUCCCGUUCAGAAGCCAUCGGUCCCCUAUGCAAAGCCUAAUUUCUACUGUGGUACUCAGGAUCUGAAUUCAGCAUACCAGAGUUUUGCUCGAUUACAUAGUGGAUUUUUUGGGAUACCUCACAUGUACUCCAUUGUUAGGCUACUGGGUUCUAGGUCACUGCCUUGGCUUAUCCGAGCUCUAUUAGAUCAUUUAUCAAAUAAGAUAACAUCGCUUGAGCCAAUGGUUACAGGUUUGCAAGAAGCUUUACCCAAGUCUAUCGGACUCCUUUCUUUUGAUGGUGGUGUGACUGGUUGUAUGAGGAUCAUUAAAGAACAUCUUAACUGCUGGCAGUCAAAGACAGAAAUCAAAGCAGAGGUUAUUCACGGAAUCAAGGAGGUUGGAAGUGUGUUGUACUGGAUGGGGCUUCUUGACAUUGUUCUGAGGGAAGUGGAUACUAUCAAUUUCAUGCAGACAGCCCCUUGGCUGGGCUUGAUACCUGGUACUGAUGGACAGAUCUUGCAGUCUGAGGAAGCAGGAGAAAGCCCUAUUGUCACUCUCUUUAAAUCAACAAGUGCUGCUGUUUUGUCAGACCCUGGCUGCUUAAAUCCAAAAUCAUUUCAAACCAUAUCCAGACAAGCAGAAGCUGCUGAUCUUUUGUACAAGGCCAAUAUAAAUACUGGAAGUGUUCUGGAAUAUGCACUUGCUUUCACAAGCGCAGCUCUAGAUAAAUACUGUAGCAAAUGGAGUGCAGCUCCAAAGACGGGGUUUGUCGACAUUACAACUUCGAAGGACUUCUAUCGUUUAUUCAGUGGCCUCCAAAUUGAAUACUUGGAGGAUUCUGUUCAGAUGCAGCCAAACAAUCAAGAAAUGUUGGGUGAUUCAGUUGCUUGGGGUGGCUGUACUAUCAUCUACUUACUCGGCCAACAAUUGCAUUUUGAGCUUUUUGAUUUUUCCCACCAAGUCCUCAACGUGGCGGAGGUGGAAGCAGUCACCCCAACCCACAAGAAUGCUCAUUCUGUCCAGGCGUUGGAGGGCCUAUUGGAGGCUAUGAAGAAGGCAAGGCGUUUGAAUAGCCAUGUCUUUUCAAUGUUGAAGGCUCGCUGCCCACUGGAAGAUAAACAGGCUUGUGCUAUCAAGCAAAGUGGGGCACCAUUACAUCGUAUUAAAUUCGAGAACACUGUUUCUGCUUUUGAAACGUUACCACAAAGAAGUUCCUAACAUGCUUUGGUAAAGUGUCACAUUAUUUCCUCUUGUUUCAAGUUAAUGUAUAUGACCCUUCUGAACUGAACUAGAUCAAACUCCACCCUAGGUUCCCAAGGAUGAGUGCAGUUUAAGUAAUUAGUUUAGGAUUGCAUUGUUGUUGUGGAAAAUAUAAAACAUGUAUUGCCUUGUAUAAAUCAUGUUCUAAGAUAAUCUUUUUUAUGGCUUUUUUCUUCU